AUGGCUGCAGUCGAAUGGAAGUUGCGAAUUUCAGGGUUUCUAUGCUGUAAUGGUGAACUACUCAGGUUAAUUGAUGUUGCGAAUCGUGAUGCUGUGCAGAGAAACUAUUCCGAAUGUAACACCCACAUUGUUGCUCAAACGUUACAGGAAAACGCUGAAAGGAGGUUCAACACAACUUUUGAGAUUAUUGUCUCGACAGGCGAUUUCGCAUCAAAGACGCACUUCAGGGACGAUCUUCUUUGUAAGGAUUUUAUCUACAGUAAAUAUGUGCUCAUUUACGCCACACCAAUACCGUAUCCGCUCAGUGAACAGGUCAUCGAUACUCUUGGCAACGUGGUGAACGUGUAA